GCAUCCAUGUGCUGCUGUGUUGUGGUCGGAAUGGUGGUUGAGAAAUCACGGCAAUUUGUAUGCAUUCGCAAAAGGUAACAACACUUUCAUGACGUCGAUGUUACAAAACCCUACUUCUAGAGGCAGGAGGCACUUUGGAGUUGUGGCUAGCGCGUUGAACACAUUCCGAGAUAACUACUGGUGAACCACGCUCUUUCGCAUUCAGUCAUUCGACUUGGGGUAUGCUACAAGCGAUAAGUCUCCAAGCUGUGGAAGUCAAGAUUAAAGUAUGGCUCGUGUUUCUCUUAAGAAGGGAUUGACCUUGAUGAUAGGCUUCACUGUCGUGUAUAUCUUGGGGCUGAAGUCAUGUCAGUUGAAGAACAAAGGAUUGAUUGGAAGGGACUUGAGUAACAGUAGAGAAACAGAAGAUAAUGCACUAGUUGCUGACACAAAUCUAAAGGAUGAACAGGCAUGGUUGAAAAAGAUGGAUGAAAAACAUCAAACCCGCAUAAAUGCUCUCCGCAAAGCUUGUUUAAAUCAUUACAACAUUUCAUUGGAGCGGGUGAGCUCACUAGCAGCCAAGCCAGGCAGAUUACGUCCACUGAUUGUAAAUGACGAACAUCAAUUUAUCUAUAGUAUUGUCUACAAAGUAGGAUCUACAAACUGGGAGCGGUUGCUUGUUGAAGAUCUUGGCGGCUUCAAGAAUGUGCCUAAUCAGAAGUUGUACAGUCAUAAAGCAUUACACUGGAUGCCAAGGUUUAAUUCAACAGAGAUACACCAACGUCUCUCUAAAUAUACAACCUUCAUGUUUGUAAGAAAUCCACUGGCUCGCAUUCUCUCAGCCUACAGGGAUAAGUUUGUCAACCAUCACAACAGUGUUUUUACAGAAAUGGGAAGAAGCAUCAUCCAAAAGUACCGUGCGAGAUCGGAAGGCUCUUUGGCCACAGACAAUGUAACUCUCACAGAAUUUAUAAGAUAUUUAAUAGACUCCCCUGCACAUCGUACAAAUCCUCACUGGAAACCAAUAUUUCAUCAGAACCUGCCAUGUGAGAUCAGAUAUGACAUCAUUGGAAAGCUGGAGGAGGCGUCAGAUGAUAUCCCCUAUGUGCUGAAGCGACUGCAGAUUGACCAUCUUGUCAGCUACGCUCAGGGACAGAAGAAAACCUCAGAACAAAAGUUGCUCAGGGAAUAUUAUUCACAAGUACCCAAUGAUCUUAUGCGCGAGCUGUAUUCUAUAUACCAGCCAGAUUUUGUUUUAUUCGGUUAUGACAUUCCCGUCUAAAAAGAUUUCAGAAUCCUGAAUCGCAUUUGGUUCGAUCGACUUGAAUGAAGUUUGUGACUUUGUCACUGAGAGAGCAUUCCAGUUGCAUGCAUGCGUGUUGGCCAGUGGGGGAUGGGGAUGACCCAUACGGCAGAAUCCUAAAAUUGCCCAGUCAUGGUCAUUCAAAAAGCUUCUUUUUUUUGGGGGGGGGGGGGAUGGACACCUUGUGACACCAGGGGGUGCUGUUCUUGAUAUGAAUGUUCAUGUGCGCUUAACCUUGCAAAUGGUGCAUUGUAAGCUUUUGUACUGUGUGUUCUCCAAAAUUAUUUUUUACAAAUGUGGACCACUGGAUAUUUAAUUUUUGUUUCCUCACCACAAACAAAUGGGGGGGGGGGGGGGAUCCAGUGGCCUUAAACAAAUAAGUAUGAUAACUGCCAAAAGAAGUGAAGGUGUGUACAUGUAUUAUAUUACAUGGCUAGCCUGAAGAUAGUUUAUUAGGCAUUCCUGAUGUUUCACUUUUUUUGAAACCUCCUUUGGUCCCUUUUUAAUUUUUUUUUUAUUUAAGCGUAUAUUUCUUUGUAACUUAUUUGAUAAUACAUAAAGCGGAAGGAAUUAUUUUUGUGUAUGGUUUUUACAUACAAUAAGUUUUUACAUACCUUUCAAAAUGAAACUUUUGAAAGGUACAAACAUUAAAAUGUUUGUACCUUUCAAAAGUUUCAUUUUUUAUUUUGUACUGUAUUCAUCAACAUAUUUGUAAUAGUGUUUUCAUGCUGUCAAAAUGUCACUUUAUUUUUAUUCAAGGACAUGAAAUUGUAAAGAAUCUAACCUCUUCCUCUAAUUAAACCUUAAAGACAAUAGAAACAUCUGCAAUAACCCGGAAAUGUACCUUCCAAUUUAAUGAGAAAAUCCUUGCUCAGAUUGCAUGUUUUCUGUUUUUCUCAAAAUCCACUGAGCUGAAACGUAAGUAAGUUAGUUGUUAAUGACUGCACCCUUCGUAACAUUUUGAGGAAUUAAGUUGCCUCAAAAAAAAAAUUCACAUAAAAAAUUGAUCUUUAGUGCCUUUAAAACUAAUAACUUGUCCGUGCUACUGCAGUGCAAGAUGUAGAACCAGUGGUUUCCUUUGAAGAUAAUCUUGAAUCAUGUUUAAACUGUUAAAUCAGUGUGAAGGUC